AGUACGGUUGCUCUGCUGAAUGGAGACGGUACACGGACACGAACACGAACACGGACUCCAAACUUGAAUCGCUCGCUCUGCCGCUCUGUGUGUUUACAAGUCGAGAAUUGUCGUUGAGUACGAGUACGUGUGUAGGCGACGUGCCUCCAAAAUCAGAGCCAAGUCAACGUCCGGGUGCGAGUGCAGUGACGGGAACGGACUACGGAAUACGGUUAUCGUGGCCGGGGAACGGUACGGAAAUUGGGGAUCGACCUCGCCGCUUGGUAAUUUGGUGCGUUUGCGUGCCAGUGGCAGUGCCAGUGCCAGUGACUUUCGAGAGAGUCAAGACGCUAGCAGACGAGUCAGACUAGUCGCUGGAUGAGUCUCCGUUCGCGUCAUCGAAUUAUUAUAAUUAGCAUAGUUGGGGGGGACAUAGCCGCAGGCAGAUAAACGGCAACGGCAUCGGAAUUUGUCGCAGCUAGUGGAAAUUUUGUGAAAACAAAAGCCGCUUUCGUAAGGGGAUAAGUUCCAGUUCCGGAGCACAGGAAUAUGCCCGACGCCGACACCCAAUCGGAGAUCCUGGCCAGCGCCAGCGCCACCGACGACAACGGUCCACUGUGGACGGCUGGGAAUGUGAGCCAACUGCUGGGCCCGGCGCGCGAUUCGCUGUCCAUUGUGGUGCCGGUGACGGUCGUCUACUCGCUGAUCUUCCUCAGCGGCGUGGUGGGCAACAUCAGCACCUGCAUCGUGAUCAAGAAGAAUCGAUCGAUGCACACGGCCACCAACUACUACCUCUUCUCGCUGGCCAUCUCCGAUUUCCUGCUGCUGCUGUCGGGCGUGCCUCAGGAGGUGUGGUUCAUCUGGUCCAAGUAUCCGUACGUCUUUGGCGAGUACUUCUGCUUGGGACGCGGUCUGCUGGCCGAGACCUCGGCCAAUGCCACCGUUCUGACCAUCACCGCCUUCACCGUGGAGCGGUACAUAGCCAUCUGCCACCCCUUCCUGGGGCAGGCCAUGAGCAAGCUGAGUCGUGCCAUCCGCAUUAUCGGUCUCGUCUGGGCCCUGGCCGUGCUCACCGCCAUACCACAGGCGGCCCAAUUCGGUAUCAACAGCUACGCGGGCGUGGACAAGUGCGUGGUGGUGCGCGUCAUCGUCGAGCACUCGUUCCAGCUCUCCACCUUCAUCUUCUUCUUUGCGCCCAUGUCCAUUAUCUUUGUGCUCUACCUGUUGAUCGGACUGCAGCUGUACCGCUCCAACCUGAGCGAUGGCCCAGCCCCAGCCGCAGCAUUGGCGCCGUUUAGGAGGUCACAGCUCAAGAAUGUGCAAUCGGACACAAUCCUGUACCGCUAUGCCGGCUCCAGCUCAGCGGUGAACAUCAAUGGUGGGACCGGCUCAGGCGCCCAGCUGAGCUCCGUGCGGGGCCGGCUCAAUCACUAUGGGACACGGCGUGUGCUGAGGAUGCUCGUGGCUGUGGUGGUCUGCUUCUUCCUUUGCUGGGCCCCCUUCCAUGCCCAGCGUCUGAUUGCCAUCUAUGCCCCCGCCCGGGGCGCCAAGCUGCACGAACAGCACGAGCUCCUCUACACGGUUAUGACAUAUAUCUCCGGGGUGCUCUACUAUCUCUCCACCUGCAUCAAUCCGCUGCUCUACAACAUCAUGAGCAACAAGUUUCGCGAGGCCUUCAAGGCUGUGCUCUUUGGCAAGAAGUUGUCCAAGGGUUCGCUGAACUCUCGCCACCACAUCGAGUCGCAGCGGCUGAGGAGAGCGCUCAACUCCUCCAGCCAGACACAGCGCGUCUCCAUUGAGUCGGCGGAGGCGCAACAGUCGAAACAGACACUAACGCAGACUCCGCUGCAUGAUCGUCAGGCCCCGGCCAAGCCGCCGCUCGCCUCCCAGUAUGCCAUGAUCAAUGCCCAGAGCAACUAGAGGGCAGACUGGAGGCAACUCAAUCUUCAUCUAGCUCACCGAACCGCUUGCUUCCUAAUGCUAAUUUAUUUGAAUAUUGUUUAAGCCAGAUUGUUAGUUAGUCACUUGUUUUUGUCUUUACUAAUUCCACAGCUAUGGCCGCUGCUGCUACCAAAGCGUUUAGUACAAGCUGCAUUUGCAAUCAUUUGCCUUGCAAUUAGACCUUAAUUACUCUCUACUCUCUGUCUAUAUAUUUAUCUACUGUAACGAUUUUCAUUCAUUUAGAAUCAGAAUCAGUGUCGGCACGAGUACGCCUGAGCUAGUCUUUCGAGCAUUAAGAUUUACGACUAUUUAGUUUAAGAAUAGUAUUCAAUGUGCUUCGCUCUCUGCAAUUAACUUAAUGGCAACACGCCUAGUGGGUAUUUGCGCUGGAAAGAAAAGCCUUGCAG